AUCAGAUGUGUUCCUACCCUAACAAACCAAUCAAAAAGCAGACCAAGUAACCUAAGGUUGACAAUCGGCAAUGACUAGUCGAAGUUUUUUUUCAAGCAAAAUAAUAAAAAGUCAAUAUUUUUGUAGACAUAACACACAUCGGAAGGGUACAAAGAAUUAUGUAGGUGUUUUGGCUUCACUUCAACUCUUGCCUACAUGUUAUCCCAAUAAAAGUGACUUGCAACUAACACAAACCAUGUACAUGAACAAAAUAGUCAUAAAACUGAUGAAUGUAUUCAGACUGAAUACAAACACUUAAUAGCUUCCCUGACAAACUCAGAUUACUGCAGUGAAUGGUCCAUGAAGAACUCAUCGCCAAAAAAUGCUUUAAUACUUUGUUAAUUGCCUAAACCUAAGUUUGUCUUUAAGCUGGAUAAAGUUAUUCAGUACAAACGUACCUUAUAAUUUUCAUAAGAAUAUUCAGGAUUUUCGUAACAACUAAAUUCGUUACUUUAUCUAGCACUUUACACUGACUUUACUUUAAAUAAAUGAUGGCUGCUGUUCAACUUGAUGAUCGUGAUCGAAAUAUGGUUAUGGGAAGAAAUUUAUAUAGAUCAUCGUCUCCUGGAACACUAAGACUAGAAACAAGGAUAAAAGAACUGGAAGAUCAACUGGAUGAUGAGAGGGCAGCACGAAUAAAGACUGAAAGGGAAUUGGCUGAAGUGAAUGCUGAAUAUGAUAUUUUGAAUGCGGAUUUCCAAAACGCCAGAGAUCAAAUAAGUCAACAAGAAGAAACAAUCAAAAGACGAGAACAAGAAUUUUCACGUGUUCGUCGGGAACUGGAUGGAAUACGUGAUGUAAAUGAAGAAAACUUGGAAAAUUUGAGGCGUCGUCAUCAGACCACAGUUAAUGAACUAAACAUUGAAAUAAAUACACUCCAGAAGGCAAAAACCAAAGCUGAAAAAGAGAGAUCUGAAAUGGCUAGACAACUUGAAAAUGCCUUUGCUGAAGCUGAAGAUGCUAAUAAAGCAAAAAUUACUGCUCAAAAUAAGCAGGAAGCAUUAGAAUCUCAAGUCAUUAGACUUAGAGCAAGUAAUGAGGAGUCACAAAAGCGUGUCACAGAACUUAAUGCACAAAAUGCUCAACUUGUUGCUGAUAUUACUGAACAUACGAGAAAUACGGAGAAGCUAAACACAAGUCUUGCAGGUUUGCAGAGAGCGCAAUCAAUUGCUGAAACGAAAGCAGAGGAUUACAAAAAAGCUUUGGAAGAAGAAACAAAGGCUAGAACGUUGAUUCAAAAUAAACUUAAUACUGCACAACAAGAAUUGGAGGUGCUGACUCAUAGAGCUGAUGAAGAAGCUGAAACUGUAGUUAAACUCCAAGGACAAGUCAGUAGAUUAACAAGUGAAUUAUCACAAACUAAAUCAAAAUAUGAAAAAGAAAUAAAUGAAAAAACUGAAGAAUUCGACGAACUAAAACGACGUUUAAACAAUCGUAUCAAUGAGUUAACAGAAUCUUAUGAACUUGAACGUGGUAGAGUGGUUAGUCUAGAGCGUACAAAAAACCAACUAGCCAAUCAGUGCCAAGAGAUACAAACCCAGUUAGAUAACAUGUAUGCUGAAUGUGCUGAACAGCUUCAAACUAUUAAAAGUUUAGAAUCUCAGAAGACUGAACUUGAACAGGUAUUAGAAGAGACUCAAGCAGAAGAAAGUAAUUUAAGAACAAAAUCCGGUUUAUUGCAAAGAGAUUUAAUUCAAGUAAGAGCUGUUAAAUCUGAGUUAGAAGAACGUGUUACAGUUCUUGAAAAAGAGAAUAAGCAAAAUGCAGAUAAAUUGAAAGAAACAAAAGAGCGUUUAUCAGUUGUUAGUAGACAGAUUACCGAUUUAGAAAGCUCUCGAGCAAGAUUAGAAUCAGAAAGAGAUAAUCUUGACAGUACACUGAAAGACACAGAAGAUGCAUUACAUGAAUGUGAAACUCGAUACCAAGCAUCCUGUUCUGCUCUGAGUACCCUGAGAAGUGAAUUUGAACGUCAAUCACGAGACAAAGAAGAAGAAUUAGAAAGCUUCAGACGUUCAAGUCAGCGUAAUAUUGAGAAUCUCAAAGCAGCAAUUGCUGACAUGGAAAUCAAAAAUCAAAAUGAGGUAGAUCGAAUCAAAAAGAAAUUUGAAGGAAUGAUAAGUGGUUUGCAAACUCAGUUAGAAGAGGAGAAAAACGCUCAUUUGGAAACAACUAAAGCUCAUGAAGAAGCAGAAACACAUAUAUGUCAGUUAGAAAUGGAAAUUACUGAAUUGAAUAAUUUAGUUUCUGAAACUGCUACCACUUUACAGAUAUGUGAAAAUCGUCGAUCUGCUCUAUCAAAUGAAGUAGACAGUUUAAGAAGUCAACUGGAAAUCACAGAACGAUUGAAAAGAAAACUGGAAGAAGAAUCUUCAGAAAAUAUGUCGAAGUUCGGUGGUUUAACCAUACAAAUAAAUAAUUUGACCGCUGAAAGACGAAAGCUUGAAGGUCAGAUAGCUAUACUUCAGGGUGAUCUUGAUGAUGUAACAGGUGCUAAGGAUGUGGCAAUAGAGAGAGCAGAUCGACUUCAGAAUGAAGUUACUCGUUUAGCUCAAGAACUUCAAACUGAACAGGAAUCCUCUCGUAGAGCAGAUACAGCAAGAAGACACUUGGAAGCAGAAUUGAAAGAGUGUAAUGCAAAAAUUUUAGAAAGUCGAAGAGCCGCCGAUACAGCAGAACGUGAAGCAGAUGAUGCUAAAAAUCAAGCUGAGAUUAAAGUUAGAGAGUUACAAUUGGCACUGGAAGAAGAGUCGAAAAAAUCAAGGGAGGCACAAAGUCAGUUGAGAAAAUGUGAACGAUCGCUUAAAGAAUCAAUGCAAGCUGAACAAGAUGCUGGACACAUGGUUAAUGAAUUACGUGAAAUGGUUGAACGGGCUCAGACAAAAUUGAAGCAGACUAGAAGACAGUUAGAAGAAGCGGAAAAUGCCGCUCAGACUGCAGUAAUGAAAUAUCGUAAAGCUCAACAACAGGUGGAUGAUGCAGAUUUGCGUGCUCAGUUGGCUGAAAGACGUAUCGGUCUAUGUUCCCAAGAAGACAAUCCAACAACAUAUGGGAAUUAUGGUAGGCAACGAUCUGGAAGUCUUUAUCCAACUAGAACAAGAAACUAUUCUGUUACACGUGAAGGUUCAGUGUUCAGUGUUAUGAGUGAAAUGCCAUCUCCACAUAAAACUCGUUUUCAACUAGGACCUUCAAGACUUAACAAUCGUUAUGAUACUGGAAGUCAACAAAGAGACAAUGGCAGUUCACUAAGUCUACUUGAUCUUCCACCUGCUGAAACAAACAGUAGUUAAUUGUGUCACACUGUGUUCAAUUGAAAAAAAAUGCUUGACAAUUUCAACUAGUUGCACUUCUUAUUUUCCUUUCGUUUUCAUCCUGACAAAUAUUUUAGCAUGAUUUUCGUAUACCUCAUUCCUUUACAAGUAAGUGCAAUAAACUGAUAGCAUGAAUAAAAAAAUUAUUUGAAUACAGCUACUUUCAUUCUUAUACCAUUUUGAAAGUAAUAUUCCUAGAAAUGUAUCCAUUGAAACUCUUUUUGUUUAUAAUAGUUCAUAACUUCUACCAGUUAGUAAUAUAACCUAACAGGUUAACAGGAUUACUAAUAAUAAAUGAAGACAAGAAUGUAUUGUUUAGAACUGGUUAAUAUUGUUGCAUGUAUCCGUUUAGUCUGAGUGUAUAUUUACAUUUUUGAUUUAAUGAAGUGCCUUCUUUUUACCUUUUUUUUCCUUAUAGUAUAAUGGAUUUUAGUAAUCAUUUUAAAACCAUGAUAACAUAUACUAUGGUUUAUGAAAUUCAUUGUUUAACCCAUUUCUUGAUUAACAAAAUAUAUAAAUAGGUACCUUUUC